ACUUGCAGUCAUGUGCAUCAGCGCAUAUAAAUUCGGGGACCUUUUCCCCAGUGGAGCAGUAAAGAGGCAGCAUAGCACGAGGACACCACCACCUACCUAAAGGAUUGUGUAUACUUCCACUGUCCAGGAUUGGGAAAACUAUUAAGUGAGGGGUGGUAUGCUAGCUGGCUCACUUCUAAGACAGUUUAUGGCCCAAGGCUUUUCCACAACAGAACCACUUGCAAAGACUGUACUCCUUGAGAAAACUUGAAGCUUGUCAUUAUCCUCACUUCCAGCCCUGUUGCAGAAAUGGUUGGCAUGAAACCCAAAGACAUGAUGCCCUCUGCGGCAGUCAAGUUCUUCGGAGCAGGCACCGCCGCCUGCAUUGCUGAUCUCAUCACCUUUCCACUGGAUACCGCCAAAGUCAGGCUGCAGAUUCAGGGAGAGUCUGCGAAAGUUAAAGGGACCAAUGCAAUGAAAUAUCGGGGAGUGUUUGGCACCAUCACCACAAUGGUGCGCACAGAGGGCCCCAUGAGUCUUUACAACGGACUGGUGGCAGGACUCCAGAGGCAGAUGAGUUUCGCCUCUGUCCGUAUCGGCCUUUAUGAUUCCAUGAAGCAGUUCUACACUCGGGGCACUGAGAGUGCUGGCAUUGUUACUCGGCUCAUGGCGGGCUGUACCACGGGUGCCAUGGCUGUGGCUUUUGCGCAACCAACAGAUGUGGUGAAGGUACGAUUCCAAGCCCAGGUACGGCUGGCUGAUGGUGGCAGGAGAUACAACAGCACUCUGGAAGCCUAUAAGACGAUUGCACGGGAUGAGGGCGUACGAGGCCUUUGGAAAGGCUGCAUGCCAAACAUCACGCGUAAUGCCAUUGUGAACUGUGCAGAGCUGGUGACCUACGAUAUGAUCAAAGAACUCAUCUUGAAGUAUGGCCUUAUGACAGACAAUCUGCCCUGCCACUUCACAGCUGCCUUUGGUGCAGGCUUCUGCACAACAGUUGUGGCUUCUCCUGUGGAUGUAGUUAAAACACGAUUCAUGAACUCAGGAUCUGGACAGUACAACAGCGCUGUCAACUGUGCUCUCACAAUGUUGAGGAAUGAAGGACCCACAGCCUUCUAUAAAGGGUUCAUGCCUUCUUUCCUGCGCCUGGGCUCCUGGAAUAUCGUGAUGUUUGUGACGUAUGAACAAAUUAAAAGAGGAAUGACCAGGACACAACAGUACUGGGAGUCACCAUUUUGACUGAAGCAUUUUUUAAGUGAGAACUGCACCGAUACAAGGACCUAACCUGCAGCAGGAUACAGUGAAGAGUUUGGUUGGGUUGGUUGUGGAGGCCCAUAAGAGAAUAGAACGGUUUCAGGGCCCAUGAUCACAUUACUGUCUCACAGUUGGACUUCGCGUGCUACAAGCACUCCCAUGUUAUAAAAACAUGUGGCUAGAAGAUUCGAAGGGCAUCGUUGCAAUAUCAGAAUGAUUUAGUGAUUAGAGUAGGCUUUAUAUUUACACUGUAUGCACUAUAAUGCUCAGUACUUCCAGUACAACAAUUCACUGCUGAUGUAGGAGAUGACUGUGAAAUGCUACUGUAAAUUCAGAGGUUAUAUUGCUGCUCAAACGUUAAUCAUGUGGACGGUUGGUGACGGACUUUCACGUUUACAAGAAUGAACUGAAAGAGCAAAUGAAUAUUAUCAUCAUUACCACAAUACGUGUUUUACAUUGUCUUUGUAUGCUGUCCCCUACUGCAGAUUGUUUACACUGUUUAUCAUUCGUUGUGGUAUAUGGCCAAGGGCUUAUAGUUUAUUGUACUUGUGCUUUAAACAGAACGAUUUAUUGCUGGUCAGUGAAUCAUAAUUAAAAACAGGAUGUUAAAAUGAUCAAAGUGGCCAUUUUUUCUCUAGUAUGUGAAUUUUACUUUAGAUUUGUUGGAUUGUACAACAAAGAAAUCCCAGGAGACACUUGAAAUGGUUUGAAUAAAACAAGUAAAACUCUGA